GCGAUACGGGGUUUUCCCGACGGGUGGACCGGGCCCCGCCGCCGGCGUCUCGUCUCCCAGCCUCUCCUUUCCCUCCGGGUCGCUUCCGGAGGCGGAGGGAGGGCCGCGGACGCCCUGUCUACGCGGACCGGGAGGCCUGUCUUCGUGGGCGGUCGGACGCCGGGGGUCGCGGGCCGUCGGCGUCCCGGCUCCCCCGCCAUCCGGAUCUCGGCGCUCCGAGUCUCCCCCGCCGUCCGGCCCCCGGUAGCCCGAGUCUCCCGCCGUGUCGACCUGGAGCUCGGCCACGGUGCCCCGACAGGUUGCCCACCAGGCCAGUGGCUGAACCUGAGCCUCCACGUGCCACAAAGGCCCUGAGGAGGAAUGGCCGCCGUGGGCAGGCUGCUUGGAAUCGACUCAGGCACCAGUGACAGCUCCGGGACUUCCCAGCAAACAGGGUGUGUUCUUCCUGGUAGGACAGCAGAGUCUGGUAUCCCACACACACCCUCACUCGGUCAUAGGGGUUGCUGGGAAGUGCAGGGUGUGGAGGGAACACCCCCAAGUCUCCUGCAGUUGCCCCAGCGGUCUCUUCCAUGGGGCAGAAGCUGUUCUGACCAGGCCCCACUGCACCUGCUGCGGCAGCCCGUGUUGACAAGGUAUGCUCUGGUGCAUGCCCGCCUACAUACAUCCUCCUGGCAGGCCGACAGCAACAGGGCCUCGCUCACACGUGUGCACCGACAAGCCUAUGCACGCCUCUACCCCGUGCUCCUGGUCAAGCAGGACGGCUCCACCAUCCACAUCCGCUACCGGGAGCCACGACGAAUGCUUGAGAUGCCUGUGGACCUGGACACCCUGUCCCCAGAGGAGAGGAGGGCACGGUUCCGGAAACGGGAGGCCCAGCUCCGAAAGAAAGAGAAGGAGGAGCCAGAGCUCAGUGAUGACUUUGACAUGGAGCAGUACAAGCGGUUUUGGACAAAAAAGUGAUGGGUCUGGAAGCUGCCUGCGUGGGGGAUGCGAUUUCGGGGAUGGUGUGUCUUUACAUGGUGUGUUCGCAAAGCCGUC